CCGGCCUACCAUUACGAGCGCGCGACAGAAGCGCGGGUAAACCCAUCCUCCACUCCACUUUCUAAAAGGGCAGCGAGCGCGUGAGCAGCAGCGGCACGAUGUUCGAGGCACGCCUGACCCAGAGCGCGAUCCUGAAGAAGGUGCUGGACGCGGUGAAGGACCUCCUGACCGAGGCGACUUUCGAAUGCUCGGACUCGGGGAUUCAGGUCCAGGCGAUGGACAACGCGCACGUUUCCCUCGUCUCGUUGAAUCUCAGGAGCGACGGCUUCGACAAGUACCGUUGCGAUCGCAAUCUGUCGAUGGGAAUGAGCAUCAAUUGCAUGUCGAAGAUACUGCGAUGCGCCGGUGCGGACGACACGGUGACCCUCAGGGCGUGGGACAAUCCUGAAUCUGUCGUCUUUAUAUUCGAGUCGCCGAACAAGGACAAGCUAGCCGAGUACGAGAUGAAGCUGAUUAAUAUGGAUCAGGAGCAUCUGGGCAUACCCGAAACGUCGUACUCGUGCGUCGUGAAAAUGCCGACUGCAGAAUUUACCCGCAUAUGUAGGGACUUGAGCCAGUUUGGAGAAUCCAUAACUUUCGCGUGUACCAAGGAAGGUAUAAAAUUCAGCGCGUCCGGCGAUUACGGUUCAGCCAACAUCAAAUUGGCACAGACUGCGGAUGCGGAUAAAGAAGAGGAAGCGGUAAUAGUUAAUAUGCAGGAACCAGUAAAGUUAACGUUUUCUUGUCGUUAUCUGAAUUGCUUUGUGAAGGCUGGUCCUCUUUGCAACCAAGUUACACUGUCCAUGUCCGACGAUGUGCCUUUAGUAUGUGAAUACAAAAUCGGCGAUAUUGGACACAUUAGGUAUUACCUGGCACCCAAAAUCGACGACGAGGAUGAAAACUAAGAAAAACGACGAUAGAAAUAGAACUCGUAUAUAUUGAACUGUCAUUAACGAUAUUGCAUCACGUUACUGAUUGUUUUUUGAAAAAUUUUGUCCUAUUAGCGUUCGAUAUGUUUAUUUCAAUAGAAAACGAUUAAUUGGUUUGACAUAAUUUCAAGGAGAUGAUACCAUACAUAUUUGCUGAUCGAGAAAACUAAAUACUCCGUUAUUCGAUAUUGAGGUACAAGUAAGGCAAAGCUAAAGGUACUUUUAAGGUAAUA